AUCAUUAGAGGGAAGCACACAAGUGCAGAGUGACUGAGCGCACUGUGCUUGCCUGCUGCAGACGCUUGUGUUUGUUUGCUGACUGAAGUGUUGUUCUGUCUGCGCCGCGCCAAGGGAUAUCACCACCUAACAAAGCGCCGACUGUGCUGUCCAGCAGCUGAAAACAGAGCGGGAAACCAGAGGAGGCACAGAAGUGUUAGGAGAAACAAUUCGCUGCAGAUCUAUGAAGAUGCAAUGCCAAGAGUUCACGCUCUAACGGAUGCCAGUCAGCUGUAGUUCAUCUUAAAGCCAGUGCAACAGAGGACGGGACAAUCUGAUUGCCAGCUUCGCAAGCUGCAUGGGGGUUCUAGUGUGUUGUGACUGCUUCUUUUACAGGAAAUCUAAAACGAAGCCCAAUGGAAAGAAGGCACCUCCUGAAGAAAAAAAGCACUAUUUGGAGCCAGAGUACACAAAAGUGCGAGUUGCGGACUUUGACCUGAAAGAUUUGGUGGCAUUACCCACCAAAGAGAUAGACCUCAACGAAUGGCUUGCCAGCAACACAACAACCUUCUUCAAUCUCAUAAAUCUGCAGUAUAGCACAAUCUCAGAGUUUUGCACUGGGGACACAUGUCAAGCCAUGACAGCCUAUAACACAAUAUACUACUGGUAUGACGAAAGGGGAAAGAAGACAAAGUGCACAGCGCCUCAGUAUGUCGACCUCGUCAUGACGUUUGUGCAGAAAUUAGUGACGGAUGAAGAAAUCUUUCCCACAAAAUAUGGCAAAGACUUUCCUAACUCGUUCGAGUCUCUGGUGAAGAAGGUCUGUCGGUAUCUGUUCCACGUGCUGGCGCACAUCUACUGGGCUCACUUUAAAGAGAUUGUGGCUUUGGACCUGCAGGGACACUUGAACACACUGUACGCACAUUUCAUCGUCUUUAUCAGGGAAUUCAACCUGAUUGACCCCAAGGAGACCUGCAUCAUGGACGACCUGUCGGAGGUGCUGUGCGCCCCGCUGCCCCCCACUGCACACAAUCACGUCACCGAGAGAUGAGCCUAAACGUCUCAUUCAUGAAGCUCCUCGAUCAAAAAAAAAAAGGGAGGGGGGGAUGAUGACAAAAAAGUAAGGACAAGCCCCUCCAUCACUACUCCUCAGCCUCUUGAUAAUCAAAAGGUGGGGAUGAGGGCCGGUAGUCUGCAAUUCUUGUACCAGCACAGAUUGGUGUGAAUGUUUCCUACAGGACAAAACAAUCUGUCUCCAUUGUCAUUUAUAUAGGAACAAGUUAUAUUUUAUUUUGCUUUUUUAUUGUUAUUAUUAUUGUUUUGCGCAUGCGCUCUUGGAGUUUUUUUUAUUAUGAUUUGAUUUUAGGGAAUGGUAUUUCAGCUGCGCUCUCAUCAGUGCCUUGGAUAUAUAGCAAAGGUAUUGUCUGUUUAUAUGCAACAAUGUUUAGGAAUUUAUCAUCGACCUCUGGCUCCCCCUUGUGGAGGGAGUGAAGUCCCAAACCGACUGACUGUUCGUAAUCUCUGCAGCUUUAUUUUACAUAAAACUGUGACAGACUAGUGCAAAGUCUCGUGCAUUUAUAUCCCAAGUCAUCAUCCACUUCCUAUUUUUCCUAUUAUCCACUUCCUAUUAUUUUUACUUUUUAACCUUUCUUUUAAUAAUGGUGACAUCGAAGCCUGUUUCUGCCACUGAAUAAUACUAAUAAUAUAUAGGCUUAUGUAUGUAUGUAUAUAUGUGUAUAUAUAUAUAUAGUCACAACUUUCUUAAUGGAAUUACGAGUGAAAAAGUCUGAUUUCCAAUAUAAACUUGCUUCUGAGGAAAAAGUUUUGCUACUUAAAGACAAUCGCAAAAGUCAAAAUUGAGUUCUUUUCCCUCAGAAUCAAGAGAUGUAUGAUAACGUGAAAUAGUGAGUUUUAACUUUUAAAGUCUGCUUGAACUAGAAGUUGCUGAGACUUGUUUGAGAUAAUUCAGUAUGUUGAUGCACUUCCACCUGAAACGGAAUAUUGAGUAGGGGGCGGGGCUUUCUACUUCUGCAUCAUUCAUUCGAAGCAAACUAAAUGUGAGAGGGGCGUGGUUAAGAAUAUUGUGGCUGAAGUCAACAACAUGUUUUUUCCAUGAAUUAGCGUGCAUGGAUUAAUGGGCUGUAUGCACAGCUAGUGUUUUUCAGCCAAUGAUGAACAUCCGGUGAAAGCUUUAUGUGACUAUUUUCAAUUUCAUAAGGUUCCUUUUACUUCAUCGACUUUAUAAUGUUAUUCAAAUAUAAUCAAUUGACUUAAGCACUCAUUUGUUUUUUAAAGCGUAAAACGAGAUGAAAGACCUUUUAAACGCAGGCGCUAUCAUUAGGAGCAGGCUAGCGUGAAAAUCACUUUUUUAAAAGAAAUCAGAUCUUGAACGCAGCAAUUUUCAAUGGGAUGACUAUUAUUCCUGCUAAAAAAAACUGCUUAAACCAGCCCAGCCUGUUUUUAAAGUGGUUUUGGACAUCUCCAGGCUGGUUUCAAUCCAUUUGCAGCCUGGUCUUAGCUGGUCGAGCUGGAAAAAAAGACCAGCUACAUACAGCUAAAACCAGCCAAACAGCUUAGGCUGGUUUAAGCAGUUUUUUUUAGCAGGGUAACCGGAAACCCUUGGGCUUGCUGACUGAAAUGUUAAAGUCUGUGUGCAUGUACUCCAUUGUUCACCUAAGCAGGGGUGUCCAGACUCGAUCCUGGAUGGCCGGUGUCCUCGAGAGUUGAGCUCCAACCCUAAUCAAACACACCUGAACCAGCUAAUCAAGUUCUUAAGCUACGGUCACACUGGGCUUUUCCUCCCAUAGACUUCUAUUCAUACGCACGUGAAUGCGUCAAGUUUCACAGGUUGCUGCGGUGCAAAGUUCGAGCUUGGUGACCUCUGACCUGCGAAAUCGCAUUACUUGACUGCAUGGGACCAAUCGAGGAUCAAAACAUGAUCGCUCUGGACAGAAAUUUAAAACAUGGAGCAAUUGCUCGCUGUUUUUAAAUGGCUAAUAAGCUUGUUUAAUCCCGCCCCUUUUCGCAGCGCCGCACGACAAAAUAUGGCAUGAUCAAGCAUUAAGCUGCGGUCACACUAGAGUUUGUGUGAAAUUUAAAAGAUGGAGCAAUCGCUCGCUUUUAAAAAUGUCUAUAGCUCCGGUCACACUGGGCUUUUCCUCCCAUAGACUUGCAUUCAUACGCAUGCGAAUACGUCAGACCGGAAACGCAGGGUCAUGCGUCAAGUUUAGCAGGUUGCUGCGGAGCAAAGUUCAAUCUUGGUGAACUCUGACCUGCGAAAUCGUAUCACUUGACUGCGUGAGACCAAUCAAGGAUCAAAACAUGACAUCUCUGGACAGAAAUUUAAAACAUGGAGCAAUCGCUCGCUUUUUUAAUGCCUGAAAAUCUUGUUUAUUCCUAGCCAAUUUCGCUGCGCCGCACGACAGAAUUUCGCAUGCUCAAACUCUUAUGUGACUGCAGCUUAUUAAGCUUGUUCAAUCCCGCCCCUUUUUGUAGCGCUGCACAACAGAAUAAUGCAUGCUUAAACUCUUAUGUGACCGCAGCUUAAGAUGUACUAGAAGCUUCUGUGCAGGUGUGUUAAAGCAAGUUGGAACUAAAAUCUGCAGGACACUGGCCCUCCAUUAUCGAGUUUGGACACCCCUGACCUAAAGAUUAACCAAACAUAUUAAGUUUUGACUUCACACAGACUUUGAAAUCACAAUUAGUUCACAUUAUCUUUUAAGAAAUUCUAAGAUACAAAGUAACAAAUGUGUGACGAUAACGGUUACAAGUUUUGAGAAAACAACCAGCCAAAUGGUAAUUUUCCCGCGUAUUACAUGGCUGCUAGUUAAAAAAAAUAAAUAAAUAAACAAGUAGAGACAAAACACCUACCUUUAAUCAAACGUAAAGGAUGAAAAAUGGCUCAAUCCGUUCCGUAUUAUUCAGUCACAAUAUGGCGCCAAAAAGUCCAGCGGCCUCAGAGAUGAGCUUAGAACUAAGCAUGUGGAUAUACUCACUAACGGUCAGGAUUUGAAGUACCCGGAUGAGCUUGUGUUAUUAGCAUCAGCAGUUGUUAUCUGUGAGUAAUAUACCUUGAAAUGUUCUAAGUGACCAAUCAGAAUCAAGUAUUUUACAAUUAGCGUUUCUGAAAGGGAAAAAUCCUAAAUUGCAAGAUGCUAAUUGUGAUUUAAUAUCUAAAAAUUGCAGUUCUGAGAAAGAAACUCAUAGCUGGGAUUUAAAAUAUAAGCCUUAUUUUAUUAUUCUGUGGCAGAAAUUAUCUGAUGUUCCCAGUAAUGCUCUUGGGGAAGUCUGGACUUGCUCUGUAGUUUUUUGACAAGGAUAUUAGCGAUAUCUGCUUCUCUGCGCCCUCAGAGAGAUGCUGCAGACACUGACACAUAAUUGUUGCAUGGCAGUAGACUUGCUGUGUUGCAUUGAUGAGAAAAGCACAUCUCCAAUGCUGAAACACUUUUUUUUUAUUUCUCCCUUUUUUUCUAAAUGAUCAGAGGUCAUGAUUAUUGUGGCAGCCCACUUGUGUAGAAAAUGCACACUAAGUUUUUUUUCUCUCCAAGGAAAUGAAUUGUAACAAUAUAAAAAAAAACAAUAAUUGCCUUUAGUGAGAGAGCAUCUCUCCUACUUAUUUUAUUUAUUUUAUACUUUAUUUGCAGAGUUAUUUGGUUCUUGCUUUCUUUUAUGUAUUUUAAUUAUCUAAGUUAAAAGCCACUCAAUAUUUUAAAGCUCUGCGAAAUAUAAUCGAAUAAAAUCAAGAAAUGCCAUGUUACCUUAGUGUGUGUUGUUUAUUUCUGAGGACGUUUUGGUUGAAACAUUCUAUAAAAUAUCCAUAACGUCCAACCACCUCCAAAUCACACCUGCUGAUAGUCUCUAGUAGUCUUGAACACCUUAAUUAUUUGGAUCAGCUGUGUUUGAUUAGGGUUGGGGCAAAACUGCAGAGCUGCGGCCCUUCAGCAUUUGAGUUUUAGAUCCAUGGUUUAAAGACUGUAACUUAAAAUUUAAUUUUGUUUGCUUUAUUGCCAACUAACAAAAAACAAACUAAAAUGUGAAAUGUUUCAAUGAAAUGUAAAAAUAUCUUCUUUUUUUUGUACGUACUGUCACCCGAGAUAUAGCGGUCAAUGCCGACAUUAGUGAGUAAAUAAAGGCAACAGCAGAUUCUG